AACCUACCUACAAAACCCCCCGCCAAAACCUAUAUAGUCACACAAUAAUCACCCAACCCAGCUGAAUGGAGCAGUUUGACGGCUUCGAGUACAGCAAACGGGACCUUUUAGGUCAUGGAGCAUUUGCAAUUGUAUACAGAGGACGCUAUGUUGAUCGCACAGACGUGCCAGUUGCCAUCAAGGCGAUCGCCAAGAAGAAUAUCAGCAAAUCAAAGAAUCUGCUGACAAAAGAGAUUAAAAUUCUAAAAGAAUUGUCAAGCCUGAAGCAUGAAAAUCUUGUGGGCCUACUCAAAUGCACGGAGACCCCUACUCAUGUGUAUUUGGUUAUGGAAUUCUGUAAUGGAGGAGAUUUGGCUGAUUAUUUACAACAGAAGACUACAUUGAAUGAGGAUACUAUUCAACAUUUUGUCGUGCAAAUUGCUCACGCGUUGGAAGCGAUCAACAAAAAGGGCAUCGUACAUCGUGAUUUGAAGCCCCAAAACAUCCUCCUCUGCAACAACUCCCGCACCCAAAAUCCCCACUUCACCGACAUCGUCAUCAAGCUUGCCGACUUUGGAUUCGCCCGAUUCCUCAACGACGGUGUGAUGGCGGCAACUCUCUGCGGAUCCCCAAUGUACAUGGCUCCCGAAGUCAUAAUGUCAAUGCAAUACGACGCGAAAGCCGAUCUCUGGUCAAUUGGAACCAUCCUCUUCCAGUGUCUCACCGGAAAAGCCCCAUUCGUCGCGCAGACCCCGCCGCAGUUGAAGGCCUAUUACGAGAAGACUCGCGAGCUGAGACCCAAUAUUCCAGAGUGGUGCUCUCCGAAUCUACGGGAUCUUCUGUUGAGACUGCUCAAGAGAAACGCCAAGGAUCGGAUCUCGUUCGAAGACUUCUUCAAUCACCCGUUCCUCACCUCACCUCUCCUUCCGUCGCCGUCGAAGAGAAUCCUCGAGAGCGCCCGAUCACCACUACUGGCGAAUCGCCGAAUCAUCACACCACAAUCUUCGCUUCCAGUACCCAAGCGAGCCGGAUCCACCAAGCUCGACAGCCCGACGCCAGUUCGGAGGAUCGGAGAGUCACCACGUGUACAGAGAAGAGUCAUCACACCCGGAAUGCCGUCCCCAGUGCCGGGAGCUCCAAUGCAAGAGUCCACUGAUUUCACUUUCCUUCCACCAAGGCAGGAAUCCAGUCCGGUUAAGCAGGUCCAAGUGCAUACCAAUGUCUCACCAUCACUAACAACUUGCAAGCCGGUCCCAGUGCCGAGUCAACGUUUGACCUACCAGAAAAUGGAGGAGCGUCUGGCGGCUGCAAGAAAGACUGCAGUGCCUUCUUCUUCUUCUCCAACAGGAUCAGCGGUUUCUGCUCAGCAUCAGCAUCAGCAUCAGCAGCAGCAGGAGCCCGCGUCGUCGCCGGUGGUUCAGCGGAUUGAAAGGCCCGAUCAGCUGCCAAGACGGACUACGCUUCAGGAUCCGAAUGCUCAUGACAUUGAGAGGAUGACUAUGCCGAAUCCGACCUUCGUCGUAUGUGGCAGCAGCACAAAACCAUCGCCGAACAACGCGAAUCGCGUUCGCCGCUCCACCAUCACAAGCCCCGCCGACACCCAGGAUAUGGUCGCUGCUGACCAAAUGCUUUCGAACCUAGACCCCACCACCACCACCACCACCAUCCCCAAAUCGGCCACCACAGCCAACAUCCAGGGAAUUCCACGUGGCGCUCGCGAUCGAUCGGUCACUUCGCCGCCGCAGCCGACGAUUCAUGAGAAUGAGCCGUUGGAUAAUGCAAAGUAUCAGCAGACGGAUGUUAAUAAUUCACCGACAGCACCCACGGAGCCAUUUAUUAUUAAGAAUCAGACAACAUGCUCCACAUCCUCAACCUCCUCCUCAGUCGUCGAAGAGGAAGAGGCGAUGAGUCUUCCAUUCGCGUCUGGAAGCCAUCUCGCAGCAGGAUUCAAGAAGACCCCCGCCGAGGUUCCAAUGGAUCACGGAGCCCUACCACCAGCUUUGGAUCAGGAAAUUGUGCUCGGCGAGGAGCACAAGCAGAUUCUCGCGAAGCUUCGAUUUGUCGCCGAGCUCGUCGAUACCCUUAUCCACGUGGCCGAGCAGAAGGACAAUCCGUUGGCGUCGGCGAUGGCUUCAAGGAGACAGCUUUUGACUACUGGAACCUCAACGACUAAUACAUCGUCACCGUACCGGAGAGCCGAGCAGCUGGUGGUGUACGUCAGAGCUCUGCACAUGCUCUCCUCAGCACUGCUCUUGGCUCAGACUAACGUGGCAAAUCGGGUACUUCAUCCGAGUGUCGCCGUGCAGCAGGUGCUCAAUCAGCUCAACGACAAGUAUCAUCAGUGUUUGGUCCGCUCCCAGGAGCUUGCCUCGCUUGGCCUCCCCGGACAGGAUCCGGCGAUGGCGGUUAUCUCGGCGGAAAGAAUCAUGUACAGACAUGCGAUAGAACUGUGCCAGGCUGCUGCUCUUGACGAGCUUUUUGGAAACCCCCAGCUGUGCAGUCAGAGGUACCAGACCGCCUACAUGAUGCUUCACACCUUGGCCGAGCAGGUCAAUUGCGAUCAGGAUAAGACGGUGCUCACGAGGUACAAAGUCGCUGUGGAAAAACGUCUUCGAAUUCUGGAACGACAGGGAUUUGUGGCAGCUGUGAACACAUAAUAGUCCUUUUACCCCCACUUUUGUUCUGUUUUUUGUGCUGCUUCUUCCCCCAUUUCUACCCCGCCAAAAUGAGCCUCUCCCUUGCAAUGAACGUGUAGCCCCCCACUCUAUUGAAAAAUGAGAUUUUCACUACCCUAAACUUCUUAGAAUUCUUUUUUCUAUUGUUUUAAUGAGAUUUUUUUUUUGAAAAGACCUGUAAAUCCCGUUCCGGAACUAGUCGAACAUAAUGCAUCAUUCGUGAAUAAAUUUUGUUGUACAGUU